GAUAGGUUUGUUUUGUGGGAUGCGCUUUUUGGAGAGUAGGGAUCUUCGAAUUCCAAAUAUGGCUCCUUCAGAAGAAUCAGUAGCAGGUGACUCCCUAUUUGUUUCUAUUAUAACAAUAACAAUUACAAAAACUCAUAUCGGUUUUCUUCAUCUUCUUCUUUCGCCUUCUUCCCCAAACACGCGCCGCUCGGGCCAAAUACCCUAAUUCUCGUACUCCCAUUCCAUCAACACCCAAUUCCUCAACUUCACACACCAAACACGGCUGAACGGAACCAAACCCCGUUCUCCAACAAUACCUUCUUCCUCUCUCGUCCCACUCCUCUUCCCGAGGGUUUUCGCUAACUACUGCGUCGCAAAUAAUUCGCUCCAACAUUGAGUUGCAGCGGGAGCGGUUUUGGUUCGUGAGGGUUUUCCCUCGGGAGUGAUAGGAAGUGAAACAGGAGGAACCUCUGCUGUUGUGUAAUAAAGUUUUAAUGGAGGAUUUGGGUGGUACCCGAUUUGAUGGCCUCAGCAAUGCUGUGAGGAGGAAGAGGAGUCAGACUUCUCGCAGGCCGCGGCCUGAUUCGCAGCCUGUUUCUGACGGUCAUGAACUGUCCCCCUUGUCGUCAACACCGUCAGAGGAUGCUGGCAAGGUCUCCAGUGAUGAGAAUGUUGGCUACGAUGCAAAUUCCAAGAGAAAGGAGUUCAAUCUUAAUCAUUGUGUCUCUCAAACUUCAUCGGUUGCUGGAGCUGAAGACGAUAAAUCUCAUAAAAAGAGUAAAAAGGAUGGUGGGUUCCAAGCAUUUUAUAAUAACGAACCUGGACGGAGUGGUUUGCAUAAUAAACGCUGUAGUGAAGGUGUUCUUGCGCCGGCAAAUUGGAGAGGUUCAAGCAAAGCAAAGGAUAGCUUGGAUUUAGAUUCCAGAAAUGCAGAUUUGUAUGCUGCAAGGAAUCCUGAGAGUGUGAAUUUGGCGCAGUUUGGUGGCUCUCAAGAUGGACUGGGGAAUGAGAGCCGAGUUAAAAAGGUUAAACUCAAGGUUGGCGGGGUGACACGUACUAUUCAAGCCAAUUCAGCAACCAAUGGUGCUUCAGGAAGCGGAUCAACAAUGAAGAGCUCUCGCUCAUCGGAUGCUUCCCGACCGCGCCAAAAACAACAGAGUAAUUCAGAUGAAAAUAACUCUCCUUCUGACAAGAGGAGUGGUCUACAAGGCGUUCCGUGGAAGGAUUUCUCAAGGGGUGGUUUUGGUCUUGGAAAGGAGGAAUCAUUGAUGGGAAAGAUUUCUGCAAAAAACGCAUCUAGUAAGUUGGGCGACAAGUCUGAACCAGUUCGAAAGAGUAAGCGAGUACCAAAGAGACGUGUACUUGAUGGGGAAUUUGGUGAUGAUGAUGAUGAGGAUGAUGAGAUUCGGUACUUGGAAAAGCUGAAAACAUCAAAAGUUUCUGCAGUUUAUAGAGAUGAAGAAGAAUUAAGCAAAAAACAUCGAAAGCUCUCUAAUAUGGAAAAUGCUGCCUCGACAAGGUCAGGCAAAGAUGGUAAGAAAAAGUCUAGAUCUGAUAGAGUGUAUGAGGACACCGAUUACGAGGAUGAAGAGGAGUCAGGCUCUGAAGGUGAGCUUGAGGAUAAGAAAAAGAAAAAACAGAGGAAGGAGUCUGUUGAUGUACUGAUGGACAGUAAGAGGGAAAUUACCCUCACGACUCGUCAACGAGCCCUACAAUCAAGCAAAGACGCCUCAGCAUCGAGUGCUAGUUUAAUUGAGUUUCCCAAUGGAUUACCACCUGCCCCUCCUAGAAAACAAAAGGAGAAGCUUUCAGAGGUAGACCAGCAAUUGAAGAAAGCCGAAGCUGCACAGAGGCGUAGAAUGCAAGUUGAGAAGGCUGCCAGGGAAUCUGAGGCUGAGGCUAUCAGAAAAAUACUCGGUCAAGACUCUAGUAGAAAAAAGCGAGAAGAGAAAAUAAAGAAGCGCCAGGAAGAAUUGGCACAGGAAAAGGCAGCAAAUGCAAGAAUGCAUGCGUCAAAUACCAUCAGAUACACAAUCGGCCCGACUGGAACAGUUGUGACUUUUCCUGAGGAAAUGGGGUUGCCUAGCUUAUUUAACUCCAAACCUGUCAGUUAUCCUCCACCUCGCGAGAAGUGUGCUGGUCCAUAUUGUUCAAAUCCUUAUAAGUAUCGGGAUUCAAAAUCAAAACUUCCUCUUUGCAGUCUUCAAUGCUACAAGGCUGUCCAGGAGAAGGUAGUGGCUGAAACUACCUGUUGAUGUUUUCAAUGACCCCUAUCACUUCCUUCCGCCAGUUACUUGGCACCAUCGAUGUUUUUUUAUCUUUCACAGAGGCUUUUGGCUAAGCAAGUGGGAGUUGAGAGCGUUUGGUAGAUAGAGCUCAUAUUGCGGUUUGUGCAUUUGCUUUAUUAUACUUUAUUUUUAAUGCUGUUAUAAGCGGCUUUGCGCAAUGGUAUCCAGUUAAUUGGUAAUGGAUACAUGUAUAGCAUGGACAGACCUUUCCUGUUUAUUACCCUUGCUCUUUUAGCAGCAAUACUAGUAGAUGAGAUGAGUCAUUUUUCCAGUAUAUUCCCAUUGGGAAAAUUAAAGGAGUUUAUAUGAUUUUCAAUGUA